AUGACUGAGCCGGUUCGGCCGUCCUGCUCAGCAUGUGUAUCAACUUCGUGCACAUUCCAACAUGGAGGCAUGAGCCUGUAUUUUUGGCCUGUUACAACAUCCGUGAGUCGGGAUUAUUGUGCCUGGGAUCCAAUUGGGGGCAUAGCAACUUCGUAUAUCCCGGAUAUCAAUCAUACAUAUGUUCCAACAACAACAGGGCCAUACGCUGUAGUUGAUGGAAUUACGAUGUAUCAGGGAAAUGUCUACCUCUCAAUGAUGGAACCAUAUGUCAUUGACAACUGUGGAAAGCAAAUUACCCGUCAGGUUUCUGGGCCUAACGUUGUAACAAUUGCUUCAACAGAUCUCUACAGCGUCAGGAAGUAUCCCCAUAAUCUCUUACCGUGGUCUGUGAACUACGAUGAUUUCAACGACCCUACACCAUGGAGUGCAUACUACGGCCAGCGUAACUGUGCAAACAAUCGGCCUCUAUGCUCCGUAGUCUUCCCUCACAAUUACUAUCCUGUAAUGGUCAUGCCUCCACAAGUCCGAAAUCUUGAUCCAAACUGGAACUCUUGCGCGUUCGACAUGUACGGGAUCUUUGACCCGCCAGUCGCGCUCCAUAGCGUAGGUAAUAUAUUCCCGACAAGCGCAAUUGUAGAGCCCACAUCUCCAGCAACUGCCGAGCCAGUCCGUACGCCUCCGCAACCAGGUCAAUCAGGGACUGGUAGUGUACCUGUGGUAACUCCGCCUCCCACGAACCAGAAUCCGGAUCCACCAAGCAGUUCUCAAGCCCCUCCCAAUACAAACCCAAACCCAAACCCAAAUCCGAAUACGAAUCCACCAAACAACAAUAAUGACCCGCCGAGUGCUAACCCGAAUCCAAACUCCAGCCCCAACCCUGGACAAAAUCCGGCUCCGACCCCAACCCCAAACCCCACAAACCCGGCAUUAAAUCCUCCCUCCAACCCCCAACUCCCUACAAUAACCGUCGGACCCACUGUCAUCCCUGUAGACCCCUCCGGCGGCCUCAUCAUCAAUCCCGGAACCACACUCACACGCGGCGGCGCACCCCUCGUCAUAUCCAGCACAACCUUCAGCAUCGGCGAUGGCGGUCUCACUAUAAUUUCCCCUAGCACCAGUACUAACAUCCCCUUUAGCAAUAAUCCCGUGACCGUGACCCUUGGCCCUGGUAACUCUCCACUGACCAUUGAUCCUGCUGGCAGUGUUAUCCUCGCACUGGGUACUACACUUCGACCCGGGGAUCCCGCGAUCACCGUCAGCGGCAGCACGUUAAGUAUUGGUCCUAGUGGUAUCGUGGUCAUAGGCCCACAAGGAACCUCCACAAUCCCAAUUCCCACCAGCGGCCCACAAAUCCUCACAAUCGGCGCAUCUACAUACACGCUCGCAAACGGCGCCUUAGUCCUCGGACCAGGGACGACACUCAGUUUCGGAGACCCAGCUAUUACCAUCUCCGGAACUAUAUAUAGCAUAGGAACUGCUGGUGUCGUGAUCGUGGGUCCGUCAGGGACUUCCACAAUCCCGGUUGCGAUUUCGACGCAGGUUAUUACGAUUGGCUCGAAUACGUACACGAUGUACAAUGGGGAGUUGGUGCUGGGGCCGGGGACGACGAUAGGGGUAGGGGAUCCGGCGGUUACGAUUGGGGGAACGACGUUUAGUGUUGCGUCGACAGGUGUGGUAGUUUUGAGUGAUGGGGGAGGGACCACGGUGCCGGUUACGGGGACGGAUACAGGGGUUGUGAGGCCUACGGGGACAUCAAACCCUACGGGGGCGGCAACGGGAGGGGGUGGAAACGUGAAGAGUGAAGGGAGGUGGAUGGUGGCUGUGGCUGUGGCUGUUGCAUUGGUGGCCUUGAUAGCGUGA